UUUUUUUUUGCUGCACUUGUGGUCUUUAUUUUUUGUUAUUUUUCAAAAGUAGGCAGAAAGUGGGGUGGAGAGAUGGGAAACACAUGCAGUAUAGGUCUCCAGGGUCUGGACUCGAACCAUUAUGACAACCUCUAAUCUGUGACGGUGGAUCAUCUGUUUUUCUUUAUAUAUAUUUAGUUAUUUCAAACACAUUGCCACAUAUAACUGGGCCCUUGUAUUUAGAUAUGGGACUAACAAAACACAAUUUAUAGCAUCUUGCUUCCUGUGUAUUCUAGACCAGAUGUAGAGAGUAAAACUGCAUGAAUGGAUGGAUGGAUAGAUGGAUGGACAUCCAGAUUCUAAUUAAAUAGUAACAGGAUAACUUAUGUUGUAAGGUAAGGUAAGGUAAUUUUAUUUAUAUAGCGCUUUUCAGCAACGAGACACUCAAAGCGUUGUGGAACAUUACAAAACACUUGUAAUUUCAUCUGGUUAAAAUGACUUUUAUAAAUAAAUUUGUAAAACUUGUUAAAAGUUGUGUGAUAUUUUUAAUGUGAGAGUCAUGACAGCCUGUUAACAAAACCUUUUCACUGCAUGCUACUGGCUGCAGUAUUUAUAGACUAACACAUAUGUCAACAUCGGUGCUCGCAUCGUCACAUCCUGACUCACUUCUCUUGUUAAUAAGCCCACACUAUGGCAAUGUAAUGCAACAACCUACCACCACAAGGUUAAGAAAUUUGUGACUAACAUUUUUACACUAAAAAGAAUCCAUCAGAUAUACAUGUUUAUUUAAAUUUAGGUCAUCAGAUGAAACUCACAAUGUUAUCAAAGGUUUUAUACAUAGUUUAAUAAAGUUGGACAAAUUUAAAAAAUACUUUUUAACCAUUUUUAAAAAAAUAAUUUUCUCUAUGUGCAGCAUAAUGCAUUAUGUUAAUGUUCUGCAUAAUGGUCUUCAAACCAAAAAAUUUUAAAAAAGCAGUGCAUGCAAAGGGGUGGCCAAAAGAAGGAAGCUACCAGUUCUGUGGUUAUGCUAACAUAAAGUCACCUCCUAUUUCAAACAGAGCACAAACAGGCAAUAUGCAAAAGGAUUCCAGACAGGAAUAUAUGCAGCUCAUUUCAUUGAUAUAAACUUAUGUUUAUUGUUACACCCAUCAAAAUAUUAUCACUGGUGGGAUGUAGGAUAGACACAGCUUUUGCAGUUUUGCUUGGACCCUUAUGAGCAGCCGGCACCCAGAUCUUCUUUUACCACAAGGAUGAAUACCACUGUGACAACGCAGCAACUGUCAACCUCCAUGAUGGCCACGAACUCCACAUCGAGCCCCAGCAAGCCAACACCCAAUUUUCACACUACCCUCCUGGUCAUCUAUAUAGUAGUUUUUCUGUGCGGUAUUAUCAGCCUGAGCCUGAUGAUGCACAUCAUGAAGUCCAGUUCUGCGUCUGCCACCUCCAUUGCCGUAUUCAACUUAAUUUUUGCCCACUUCAUAUUCCUUCUGACAGUGCCUUUCAGACUUUACUAUUAUGCAACCAAUGAGUGGAAGCUGGGCCCUGAGUGGUGUAAAAUGGUGAGCGCCAUGAUUCACAUCCACAUGUACAUGUCUUUGUUGCUCUACGUCAUAAUCCUUAUCACUCGUUUGUGGCCACACUACUGCAGGACUAGACAGGUGGAAUCCUUUGGCCGAAUGCACGCGCUCAUUGGCAGUGUAGUGAUUUGGGUUAUCGUACUCAUCUUAAUCCCUUGCAUCACCUUUCCUUUUUAUGGCCAAGAAAAUUCAGGCAAUUCCACACAUUGCUUUAAAUUUGCAGAAAGCAUAGAUUCUGCCAAACCGCUGAACUACAUCUUGAGCAUACUGGUGAUAGUGGUGGCUGUUGUCUUGACAGCCCUUCAGGCCAAAGUCCUGUGGGGUUUAUACAAUAAGGAUCGCCAGGGAUGUACAUCUCAGCAAGACUUUGGGGCUCAACUGAAGAGCCUCUGCUUCGCACUGAUCAUGCUAGUCUGCUUCGUUCCUUACCAUAUUUUCCGACUGUAUUACAUUGAGCGCACCAAGCUUGAAAAUAUCAAUGAGGUCUUACUGAGCCUGACCACUUUCAACUGUUUGGACAUGCUCACUUUCUUGGGAAGGAGAACAUUCCAUAUAUGCUUCAGAGGAAGGACUGUGUAAAC